CGAUAGACGCGUCCCGUAACGCGUUUGCUUUGUUGGCCUAGUUGAGCAGGCGAUGUUGCCUCCGUCGAAAUAUCUGUCCGCGCACGUGGCCCGGGGCUCUGGACGAGCCCCGUCCUUCUUGCUCCGCUGCUCGACGUUAUUCGUCCUAUUUUCCCCGCUCUCCUCUACCUCGUCCUCGUCGUCGCCCACGAUGCUCCGCGCCUCUCUCCACGCCAGAUCUGGGCUCAGGCAGCUCUCGUCGACGCCUCUGCGGCACAACGCACGCACGCUCGCCUCGACCGUGCUGUUCACCAAGACCUGGGAGAACGAGCCGGUCUCUGAACUGAAGAAGGAGGCCAAGAGCCGUGGCCUUUCCACGAAAGGAAACAAGUCGGUCCUGAUCACCCGCCUAAAGGAACACGAACAGACCCUCACGGGUCCGCCUACCCCCCGUGACGCACCGUCCUACGCCCGGAGCGCAUCUACCACUACUCAAUCGAGCACCUCUCCAUCUAACGACGUCCCGCCCGCCGUACACGCGAAACUCUACCUCGACGUCAAGAUCCCCGACUUGUCCGCGCCACCUCCCGAACCGCCCAUCGCAAUCCCCUUCGUCCCCGACUUCUGGGAAUCCUCCCGCGUCAAACACGAAGCCGCUCCAACCCCCACACCCACCGAACCCGGCCUCCCAAAAAUCGUAGUCGUAGCCGGCACAUCCACCCACGCCGCCGGCGGACCCACCUACAGCCUCUCCUCCGCCGACGAAUUCACCUCACCUCCCUCUUCCUCCCCUUCCCCUUCCUCCUCCUCCUCUUCCUCCGACUCCGCAUCCAGUGGUGAGGGAGGCAAGAAACUGACGGGCCUAUGGGCCGAUAUCGUCGAGGAUCUGGGUUUACCUACGACGUUCACCGUCCCGCGCUUCGGACGCGUGCUCGGGGACGCGGAGAAAGCGCUUGCGGACAGUCUUCCGGAUGAGUCUACGGUUGGGGUUGGGAAGAAGGAGGGUGCGAGUGCGAGGUAUGAGGAGAGACGGUUGGAUCCGGAGGAGAAGAGGGGCGUUUGGGUGUUGUUGGGUUUGUUGGGUGGGUCGUGGGUCCUUGGUGGGGUUUUGAGCAGGCCGGCUGCGUUUGCUGAGGGUGCUGAGAGUGCUGAGGAGGCGAAGGUGGAGCAUUGAGUGGCAUGUGCGUAAGCCUGGCUAUGGGUAUGGCUAUGUUGUUCGGUUUGGACAGAUGUAGAGUACGCAUGUUCGUACAUAGACCUCUGUUCCCUUACACAACAUACCUACCAAUCCCAAUACCAAUCCUCACACAAUCAAAAACUCAUCCCCCCAAAA